CCAAACUCAAAAUCUUUGAUUGAAGCUGUCCAUCAUGAUCACCGGCAUCGCCCACGUCAACCUCACAGUACACCCAGGGACCCUGGAACAAGCAAAGGAGUUCUAUGGGGAGACCCUUGGGCUAAGCUCCGCGCCCGUCCCGGAGCUGCAGAUUGGAACGCUUCUCUGGUUCGAUAUUGGCUCCAGCGGACAACAAAUUCAUGUUACUUGCGGUCCUACUGACCCCAGCUCAACUCGACAUCCCUGCUUUAAGCUACCUGGCCGUGAUGAGCUAGAAGCAAUUAAAAAGUCCGUCUACGACCACCACCUACGCGGGGGUCCAGCGGCACCAAUGGCCGCCGAUCAGCCGGGUGAUGAGGGAUCCGGCACGAAAGGGAAGGAAUACCCUCGACGGUUCUUUGCGCGGGAUUAUGCCGGGAAUCUGUUGGAGUUCACCUUGUAGGAUUUCUGUCCGAGGGAAAUUGGAAAUGAAAAUAAUCUCGUCGAGACGAUAGAUCAAGGAAAUAAUAAAC